ACCGCUCUCUUUUACAGGCGUAGAAAAUAAGAAACCCUGAAACAGAGAGAUUAAAACAAGACACAAGUGUUCAGUGUGUUUUUAAUCUCUGUAUCUCUCUCUCUUUCUCCGUCUCUGUCCUUGAGCAACAACAACCGCCUUUAUUACACAACAUACCCCCUUCUUAUAAUCUCUUAUCUACUACCCUCUUCUCUUCAAAAUAAGAGUUUCAGACAGAAACUCUCUCUCUCUCUCUCUAACCAUAGUUCUGUCUGUAAAAACCCACAAAUCUAAGAGAAGUUAUGAAUAAACAAGAUGUUAUGAAGCUUCAGACAUGUGUUCUGAAAGUGAACGUACACUGUGAAGGCUGUAAGCAUAAAGUGAAGAAACAGUUGCAGAAAAUCGAAGGAGUGUACUCUGUAAAAGCAGAUGUGGAACAGGGGAAAGUCACUGUCACAGGGAACGUUGACCCUGCUCUUCUCGUUAAGAAGCUGAGCAAGUCAGGGAAACACGCCGAGAUCAUAGGCGGUGGUGGUGGCGGAGGAGGAGGAAAAGGGUUUGCUAAUCUGAAUGGGCAGUUCGGUAAUCUCAGUAUGAGUGGAAACGGUAAGGGCAAAGGUGGAAAAGAGAGCAACCAAGGAAAGGGGAAAGGUAACGGUGGUGGUGGUGGUGGUCAGAAUCAAGGGCAUGGUCAACCAAUGCAGUUGACUCCUCAGCAGAUUCAACAGAUGAUGAUGAUGAAGGCUGCUCAAGGUGGUGGUGGUGGUGGGAAGGAUAUGAAGAUGAUGAUGCCUCCUGUGGGGUCUAAGGAUCAGAAGAAGUCUGUUAAGUUUGCUGAAGAAGAUGAUGAGUUUAGUGAUGAUGAUUAUGAUGAUGAGUUCAGUGAAGAUGAUUAUGAUGACGAUGAGUUCGAUGAGGAGGAUGAAAUGGGAGGACAUGGUCAUGGAGCAGGAGGAGGUAAUCAUCAUAUGCCUCCAAAUAAGAUGAUGAUGAUGCCUAACAAGAUGCCACAAAUGGGUCAGCAUGGUGGUGGGCCUAAGGGGCCUAAUGAGAUUAUGAUGAUGAUGAAUGGGUUCAAAGCCGGUGGUGGUGGUGGAGGAGCGGGGAAGAAAGGAGGCGGAGGAGGUGGUGGGUUUGAGAUUCCGGUGCAAAUGAAGGGAAUGGGUGAGGGUAAAAUGGGAAAAGAGGGAAAGAAAGGAGGUGAGAAGAGUAAGAAAGAAGGAAAAGAUAAAAAGGGAGGUGGGGGCAAAACGGGGAAAACAGAAGCCAAAAGUGGUGGUGGUGGCCUUCUAGGGUUUUUCAAAAAUGUUAAAAGUGGAAAAGGAGAUGAGAAGAAGGGAGGUGGUAAGAAAGAAGGUGGUGGUGGUGGGGGUGAUAAGGUAAAAUCCUCUGGUGGUGGGGGAGGAGGUGGAGUUCAUCAUUAUGAUAGUGGGCCUAAAAAGGGAGGAGGUAAAUCGAAAGGAGGAGCCCAUGGGGCCCAUGAUAUUGAAGAGCUCAUCAAACACAACAAAGCAGGCGGAGGAGGAGGUAACAAGGGGAAUCAUAAUCAUAGUGCUAAGGGGAUGGGUGGUCCAAUGGGUCCAGGAGGUCCCAUGGGUAUGAUGGGCCAAGGUGGUCCAAUGGGGAUGAUGGGUCAAGGUGGUCCAAUGGGACAUCAAGGCGGCGGCUCCUACCCGGCGGUACAAGGUUUGCCGAUGAGUGGAGGAGGAGGAUAUUAUCCACAACCACCUCAGGCAAAUCAUCAAAUGAACCAACAACAGUACAUGCAAAUGAUGAUGCACCAGCAGCAACAACAACAACAACAAGCUGCUGCAGCUCAUGGAGGAUAUGGUGGUGGUCACGGUGGAGACAUGUACCACCCGAUGAUGUAUGCUCGGCCAUAUCCAGCAGUGAAUUAUGCUCAUCCACCGCCAAUGCCGCCUCCACACUCGGGUCCUUAUACUGAUAUGUUCAGCGAUGAGAAUCCAGCUGGUUGUAGUAUCAUGUGAUCUUUGGUUAUGUUAAGUAGACAAACCUGAUCUGAAUAUGUUUUAUCUUAAUCUUAGGAGUCUUGUGUUAUUUUCUUCUUUGGAGCUGUCGUUUUCUUUUCUAACUCUGCCUAGGAUAUGAAUAAUUUCUUUUUUGGUGGCAUGAUGUUUAUAAUAUCUCGAGUUUGGUAAAAGAUGGUUACAAAGUAAGAUAUUUAUUUAGCUUUGUU